GGCGUCAUAGGUUGUGCGCAUGCGUACUGUAUCGACAGUUGAUUCAGGCGGGUAUUAGCUGUCAGGUUCCAACAGAUCUGUGUCCGGUGAACCUGCGCCAGGCCCGAGACCACCUGUGACCACCUGUGACGACCAUGAAGCCCCGCGGUGUCGGUGUGAGCUGCCCGGGUGUUUUUACCGGUUAACUGGAGCACUAAACUGCUAACUGUUAGCCGCUCUUAAACAAACGCACCGUCCUGCUGUGGUUUGAGUUUCUCUGAAGUUAGCCGGGAGCUAACGCUAACUCAGCUUGUUUUGGUUGGGAAGCUAACUUUAGCAGCAGCUGAAGUAUCAAACGUCCAGGUGAACCGUGCUCAGCUCUGCUGAUCUGAAGGUUUAUAUUAAACCAUCUGGUCUGAUGGAGACGCUGCUGCAGAGCGCUGUCUGACACCUGAAACCCUCCACGGGUGUGACGCCGGGCCGAGACCUUCCACGGGUGUGACGCCGGGCCGAGACCUUCCACGGGUGUGACGCCGGGCCGAGACCUUCCACGGGUGUGACGCCGGGCGAGACCUUCCACGGGUGUGACGCCGGCCGAGACCUUCCACGGGUGUGACGCCGGCCGAGACCUUCCACGGGUGUGACGCCGGGCCGAGACCUUCCACGGGUGUGACGCCGGGCGAGACCUUCCACGGGUGUGACGCCGGGCCGAGACCUUCCACAGGCUGAUCUACGGAGUCCUCAGUCCUCCCUGCAGACCCGUGACCAACCAUAGAAGAAGAAACGGAGGAGGAGGAAGAUGGCGCCGGUGUCAGACAUGAAGGUGGAGGUGUCAGACAGAGGCGGGGCCGGGAGGAGAGAGCUGUCUCUGGACGACUGUCGCUGUCCGGUGUGUCUGGAGAUCUUUAUGGAGCCGGUGACUCUGCCCUGCACACACACCUUCUGCAAGGGCUGUUUCCUGGAGUCGGUGGAUAAAGCCACGCUGUGCUGUCCGCUGUGCAGGAAGAGGGUUUCCACCUGGGCCCGACUGAACAGCAGGAACAACACGCUGGUCAACCAGAAGCUGUGGACGCAGAUCCAGACCUCCUUCCCUCUGCAGUGUCAGCGCCGCCUCAGCGGGCAGGACGCGGCCGCCGAGGACGACCCGGGAGUCUCGGUGUGUUUUCCCAGAGUGAGUCAGCCAGGAGAGCUGAGGCAGGAAUACGAGGACCAGGUCACCAGACUGUCGGAGGAGAAGCGAGUGCUGGAUGAGGAGGAGAGGAGGGCCAGUGAGGAGUACAUCCAGAGACUGCUGGCUGAGGAGGAGGAGCUGCUGCAGGAGGAGAGGAGGAGGCGAGAAGACGACGAGAGGCUGGCCAGACUGCUCAGCAACCAGCUGAACUCUGCUGCCGUCUCCGAGGAAAACCUUCGCCCUGCUGACGUCACUCCGGCCAAGAAGAAGAAGGAGGUCGGCGCCGGACAGAUCGAGAAGUUCUUGUGUCCUCGUCCAUCUAAAACCAGCUCCUCAGACUGCAGCUCUGCCUCCAGUUUUAUGGCCAACAAGGAGAACAUCCUCCUCUCUCAGGUGCAGCUGCAGGCCGAGCGUCCCCUCCCUAAACUGGAUUAUUACGGCACUCAGACAAACCCUGACCGAUCGGAGCCUCCGACCCUCCAUCCAGCCUCUCCGUCAGCCUCUGUGGAGGAUCAGCUUCACCCCGCGAGUCUCAGGAGUCACUUGAUCGGAGAUGGAGGACCUUCGUCGGCCAAGAGGAAGAGCUCGGAGCUAGAGACGACAGAGGACGAGGAGGUGGCGGUCACCAAACAUGUCUGUCGCUCCCUGCCCUCCUCCUCCUCUCUGGAGGUGGGAGGCUCGGCCCUGCAGGGGAUCGCAGAGUGGGAGGCGGAGCUGCUGAGUAGGCGGCGGCAGGAGGAGGAGGAUCGGCGGCUGGCUCUGCUCCUGCAGAAGGAGCUGGACCAGGAGGAGAAGCAGAGAGCCACCGACAGACGCAAAGGAUCUUCUGACGCUUACCUGCUCCGCCAGAACCGCAGAGGGGAGGUGGAGCCCAGCAGCUCCAACACACCCAGCAGACCCCCCAGAAAGACUACAAAGACCUCCACCCCCUCCUCUGCUUCAUCUGUAAAGACUACAAACAGUCCCCCCUCCAGCAGACGCAGCAAACAGGCCACUCUGACCGAGAUGUUCUCCGGCCUGAGUAGCUGAACCCUGUCGCUCUCUCAGCUUCUGUCCUGUGUCCCAGUGUCUCUCUACCAGCACUGAACUGGUUUUAGGUCAGAGUUCAGUGUCUUCACAUCCUCACUUCUUCGUUUCCUCAGCAGAAACAAACAGUUGUGAAUAAAAGCUGGUUUCAGAGAAGUUAAACCAAAAAGUGCCGACAGAAAUCUGCUGUCUUCAGCCCUGACUUCAUUUUAUUUGAUUUACUACAUGGCCAAAAGUAUGUGGACAGCCGAGCAUUCUCUCCAUAUGUGACAGUGUAACAUGUUCGUUAAUGUGCGCCACUCUCACGCAGGUUGUAAGUAACGCAUUACGGUUCACUGGGAACAUUUCAUCAGUAAUUUAACCUGCGUUGUUUCAGGUCGUCGCUCAGGUGACCCAGUCUCAGGUGAUCCCAGCAGCAAAACCUCCCUCCUCCUGAUCCGGAGACGUGUGGAGGCUCCAGUGUUGCUCUGACGGGCCUCAGCAGUGUGAAAGAGAGUUUGACUCUGAUGUCCUGCCGUCUUCCAGGUUCAGACGGCUCGAACCUGAUCCGCUGCUCUGAGGGUUCUGACAGGAAGACCACAUCAGUCCAACGCUAAUGUUGGUGAUCAGGUCUAGCUCCUGUUGGAUGGGGUUGAGGUCAGCGCUCUGUGCAGACCAGUCAACUUGUUCCACACCAAACUGGGAAAACAUUUCUUUAUGGAGCUGCUUUGUGUUUCUCUUUCCUGUUUCAACUCUUGACACACAGAACACGGUUGUCUAAAAUAUCAUUAAGGGUUCCUUCAUUGAAACGAAGAGGCCCGAACCAGACCAGAAGUACACUAAAAUAUAUGAACAGGGCUGUCCACAUACUUUUGGCCAUAUAGUGAGUAAAACUCUUGAGUGCAGUUAAGUUGAAUGUUUGUUUGUUUUUAUCUGUUUUCUCAGCAGGUAAAUGGAGACGUUGCAUGUUGUGACGCUAAAACAGUUCAUACAUUUUGGUUUGAAAGUUUCCACUUUAGUAAAUUAGUUUUAGUUUUAAGAAAAAGUUUUGGUGCGGAAAUAUUUGCUGCGUCAGACUUUAUGGAAGAACCAGCAGGGUUUCAGUUUCUGUAGCUGUGGUUUAACACCCUGACGCUGCCAUGUUUCUGUGCCACCUGGACGACGUCAGGAUGUUAAUGCUGCGUUCACGUCCUGUGGGAGACAGAGAUGGAAAGAUUCACCGGUUUAAGAGUCCAGAGAGUCUGUCCUGUGUGGGUUUAAAACCUGUGCAUUGACAAUAUAUCACCACGUUUAAAGUUUGGGUUAAUUAUCUUGUACGGACUUUGGCUUGUGUGUGUACAACAUUUUGUUUAUUUUUAUUUCUUUGAUGAGACUGAUGAUGUUGAUGUGAACAUUGUUCACAAGUCAAAGUGAUCGCUGCAGCUCCUCAUGUGACGAGCGUGUUAACUUGAUUAAAUUUACUGUGUAACAUUUA